UUGUCGUUGCAUGCGCUCGCGCCGAUCCGGGAGUCCCACGGAUGACGCGUCGGUGACGGCCGUUCGGCAGAUGCACGAAGCUAGACGUAGACUCACGCGUGAGCUGUUGCAUCGUAUUGGUAUCACGCUCACCAGUGCCAACUUUCCUAUAUAAACAGCGACUAUUCAAAUUUAAUGUAUUCAAAAGCUAAAACUUUGUAAAGUAACACAUCUUCCAAGCUCAGUUAACUUUAAGGUUUCAUGAAAGCACCCCAGUGAUGAUUUUAUUCCUAUUUUUCUUGCUAAGCGCACUUGCGUGGCCAGCUAGCAAAUGUGAGCCUCCUGUAAACAGCUACCUACCUCCCUCUGGCUCUGGUGGUCGACCAUCAUCUCAAUAUGGCCCACCUGGCAGUAACGGAGGCUCCGGAGGGGGAUCUCAACCAGGUGGUGGAUUAGGUCCCUCUGGAUCUCAGGAUUCUUAUUCCAACGGACAGACAGGACCAUCUGUAGAUACUCAAUAUGGUCCACCAUCGGGAAGAGGUAACGGACAAGGAUCGCAAGGGUUUGGCUCCCAAGGACAAGGCGGUUUCAGUGCACCUGAUUCACAAUACGGUCCACCAGGGCGAGGUAACGGGAGAGGUCGUGGAGGCCCAGGCGGGCCCGGUGGACCUGGAGGUCCUGGAGGCCCUGGAGGUCCCGGAGGUCCUGGUGGUAGAGGCCGUCCACAGUCGUCUUACGGUCCUCCUAAUCAACAAGGAGGUACAGGAUCAGGAAAUAGUGGAGGGCCAGGAUUCGGGCAACGACCUGAUAGCUCGUAUGGGCCUCCACCCACAGGGGGAUUCCAGCCUUCAGGCAACGGUCAAUCGGCACCAGACUCGAGUUAUUUGUCUCCUGGCGGUGGUUCUCAAGCACAGUCUCAAGCUGGAGCUGGAUUCAACGGCGGUCCUGGUGGACAGCCAUCAUCAUCAUAUGGUGCACCUGGCUUUGGUGGUGGUCCUGGCAGCGGUCCGGGUGGGAGGGGCAAUGGUCGUGGUUCGAGCUACGAUGAUGGACAAUCUAAUGAGCCGGCUAAAUACGAGUUUAGCUAUGACGUGGACGACGCUCAGACAGGUACUAAAUUUGGUCAUUCUGAGCAGCGUGAUGGCGACCUGGCCACUGGGGAGUAUAACGUAGUGCUGCCUGAUGGCAGGCGACAGGUUGUCGAGUACGAGGCCGGCCUGCAGGGAUACAUGCCUCAGAUCCGAUACGAGGGAGGCGGCAACGGUGGCUCUGGAAACGGUUUUGGUCGAGGCGGCAGCGGUGGACAAGGAGGUAGUCAGGGCUACCCUCAAGGCGGUCCUGGUGGGAACUUCCCAGGCGGCGAUGGUGGUUUCCCGGGAUCUGGUCAAGACCAGCCCGGCUCAGGACGCUAUCAAGACGCCGGCGGCUUCGGACAGGGUAAUACUGGUAGUCAAGGCUUUAUGGGCUAUCCAAGUGGACGGCCUGGAGGUAAUGGCAGAAAUGGUCAGGGAUCCCGUGGGCCAAACCAAGGCUCGCAAGGCAGUUCGGGAAUUGAAGAUUUGAACGGCGGUGGUAAUGGUUAUCCUAGUGGAGGACCGCAAGGUAACGGUGGUUACCCCAGCGGUGGUUCCGCAGGAGGUAAUGGCGGGUACCCUAGCGGUGGCCCUGGAGGCAAUAAUGGAGGUUUCCCUGGUAGUAACGGAGGUAACGGUGGUGGUUACCCAAGUGGCGGACCGAAUGGAGGUGGAAGAGGCGGGCCCGGAGGACAGGGUCGAGGAAGAGAACGCCCCGGAUCUCAGAAUGGUGGUAGCAAUGGCGAAGAAGGCUACCCAAGCGGUGGACCCAGUGGCCCUCGAGGCUCUGGUUACUGAUGACAAAACAACGAAAGCAGCACGACGAACCUUAAUGAUAAAAACAAAACGCUUCCGUGAGUUUCACACUUACGAACUUAAAUGAAUUUAUAUAGCUUUGUAAAUAAAUUAUGUAAAAAAG